CGAUCGUGUGCCCCCGUUUGAUCGUAUUAAUAUUAUUUUUAUGUGUAUGAGUGUGUGAUGUUGUUAUUAGCAUGGAAACACGGUUUUCGGUGCCGUUCCACAACGUUCGGACAACGACAAGGACAACGUGACUUGAUAUACAUGGAUAAAGAUAAAAAAAGUGUCUGGCCAGGAAUCCUACGGCUGGCGUGUCGUGAUGGUAAAAAAUACACACACCCACUCUUUUUGCAGUUCAACACUUUGAUCGGAUUGCCAUAAGCUUCAAGUGCCGUAUGUGUACAAGCAACACACCGACAUUGCGAUAGUCAACUUUGACUUAAACUUUAUCUCAGUGUAGUGCCGUUUAGUGCAGCAGUUGUGUAGAUUUUUAGUGAACAACAUCUGAUCCGGUUUAGUGAUUGUUUAGCGAACGAACUGGAGAACGCAACAGGAAGUGUACACUCAAUAGUGCUAUAUUGUCGUCCAUUCGUGAAGCUCUUGCUGUGGAUGCCUCACCGAGAGACCCCACGGGUGAUCGUUGGGGAACCCCUGCCGAAUUCGAUCGAUUCGAUCAAGUGUCGCUGGAAAAGGAGCAACAGCGGCUGUCACACAUUGCCUUAAAGUCACCAGCAACGACACAGUGUGCUAUCUUCAGCCUAUUGUGCUAUCACGCUCCCAUGCGGGGUGAAGGCCUUGAUCGGCUUGAACCGGAAGUGCAGUGCUGUGUAGUGUGAAUUGAAAACCGAACCCUCGGUAUAGGAAAUUGAUCGAUCAACUCGAGCACGGCGAGCAAGACGACCAAACUGACAAGCGUGGUCUUGACAUCAGCUAGGGAUAACGGCAUCGAAACAACCAAUGUUGAGUGCUAUCAGCUUGUACGAAACACGUUAGUCUCUUGUGAGAGAUAGUUGCAUCGUCGGCUAGAGGUCAAUCUUUUUUGUUUAUGUGCGUUUGCUUCAUGGUUCACUUACACCGACCGCAUCAGUAUCCCCGACAACUUGGUCAUCACCGUCUCAGACAUCUACUUUCGAUCAAUCGAUGAAGUCUAAAGUACAGACAAGCUUUAGACAAAAUGCGUCAUCGAUUGGGCGAUGGGGACGAUCAACGACGAACCCGGUAACCAUUCCCGGCAGUACGGCCAGCGGAACGGCUGACGGAUAUAGCUACACGUUAACAAGCGGUCCCAGCCCUCCGCAUAGUCCUCCCAUCAAUAUGCCGCCGCCAAUACCACCCCGACCUGUGAUACGACAGUCCAGCUUCACCAAGAUAGGAUACAUGAUCAAUACAGCCGUCAAUGGAACCAAAAAGCAAUUCAGCAGUGGCAGCAGCAGCAACAGCAGCAGUAGUAACAGUGGUAAUGGCGAAACAUCGUGGUGCUUUUCACAGAUAAAGGGUGCCCUGGAUGAUGAUGUUACCGAGGCCGACAUCAUUUCCUGCGUCGAGUUUAAUCACGAUGGUGAACUUUUGGCCACUGGUGAUAAAGGAGGCAGGGUUGUUAUAUUCCAGAGAGACCCAUCGUCGAAGGCUUCAACACCGCGGCGUGGUGAAUACAACGUGUAUUCAACGUUUCAAUCGCAUGAACCUGAAUUCGAUUACUUAAAGUCGCUCGAGAUUGAGGAAAAAAUUAACAAAAUCAGAUGGCUGAGGCGCAAGAAUCAGUCACACUUUCUGCUCUCGACCAACGACAAAACGAUCAAGCUGUGGAAGGUGUCGGAGCGCGAUAAGCGAGUGGAGGGAUACAACACACGGGAGGACAAUGGCAGCAUUCGCGAUCCGGCCUCGAUCAAUUCGCUGAGAGUGCCAUCGAUCAAGCCGAUGGAUCUGAUGGUGGAGGCAUCGCCACGUCGCAUUUUUGCGAACGCCCAUACCUACCACAUUAACUCGAUCUCGGUGAACUCGGAUCAGGAGACGUACCUGUCGGCGGAUGAUCUACGGAUCAACCUGUGGCAUCUAGAGAUUACCGACCAGAGCUUCAAUAUCGUCGACAUCAAACCGGCGAAUAUGGAGGAGCUGACUGAGGUGAUCACGGCGGCCGAAUUCCACCCGACCGAGUGCAACGUGUUCGUCUACUCGAGCAGCAAGGGUACAAUUAGGUUAUGUGAUAUGCGCUCUUCGGCAUUGUGCGAUCGGCAUGCAAAGCUGUUCGAGGAACCGGAAGAUGUGGACACAACGAACAAGAGUUUUUUCCGCGAAAUCAUAAGUUCGAUUAGCGAUGUGAAGCUGAGCAACUCUGGACGCUACAUGAUCUCGAGGGACUAUCUGAGUAUUAAGGUGUGGGACCUGCACAUGGAAACUAAACCUAUUGAAACGUAUCCGGUACAUGAAUACCUCCGCACGAAGCUGUGUUCGCUAUACGAGAACGACUGUAUCUUCGACAAGUUCGAAUGUUGCUGGAACGGUAACGAUUCCGCCAUUAUGACUGGCAGUUACAACAAUUUCUUCCGCAUUUUUGAUCGGAACACGAACAAGGACGUGACGCUCGAGGCGUCUCGCGACAUCAUCAAACCGAAGACAGUGUUGAAACCGCGCAAAGUGUGUACCGGUGGCAAGCGGAAAAAGGACGAAAUCAGCGUUGACUGUUUGGCCUUCAACAAGCGAAUUCUGCACACUGCUUGGCAUCCGCUCGAAAACAUCAUCGCCGUGGCCGCCACCAAUAAUUUAUUCAUUUUUCAGGAUAAGUUUUAGCCAAUAGUAAUAGUAGUAGUGAGGAUAAUUAAAUAUUAUUCUAAUUGUAAUGAUUACGAUUAUUAUUGAUAGAGUUUCCUGGGCAUACACAUACGGCGGAACAAAGGAAGGUUAGGGUGGAAACAUAACGGUGAAUGCAGAAGCGAAGCGCGCAUAAUAUUUUCGAUGUUCUGGCAGGUAUGAAAAGAAAGGGAUUGUAAGAAAAAGCCAAGGGUGUAAGGCAAAAAAACACAUUUCAGAACAUAAAAUGGUUACGUCUGUGGACGACAUCAUCACAAAUGGACGCAAGCAAAAAAAAAAAAAUACAAUCAGCUGGCUGGAAACUGGCCGGAAAUAGCGAGUGUGCUUGCGUGUGUGUAGUAGCAUGGCUAAAAUAGUACAGCAGACAAACCUCGAAGAGGAGGAGGGUGUCGUAUGCCGUUUGCAGACCGCAAGAUAGAUAGGACAGAAAUGUGUCUUUGCAUUGCCCAUAUUGUUUAAGAGAACUUGUGUAAAUGCAUUUGAACAGUUUUUUUUUGCAGUGUUCUUAUUCUACACGCAAUUGAAACCAUGCUUCACCUUUACCUAUGUGCGCGGUCAAAUCCUGUACGCUUUCCAGCUUAAUUCACAUUUUCAUAGAACCACCAUCCAGCGUGGAAUCGAGAUGAUGCGUAACAUCGGGAAAAUUGUGUUACACUUUUGCCUCCUGUUUGCUCGUUGUUGUUCAUCCUAACAGCAAAAGCAGGUAGCUUGAUUUGUUUGGCGACUGUCCCCAGGCCUAGGUUCCCAGGAAACGUACGAAGAAAGAGCAAUCCGAUCGUUAUAUCCACCCCAACAAUAGAUUCAGGAGUGUAGCUUCAGCGACUGGCGGGCACUAUAUACAAAAGAACAAUAAUUGCUGAAACGCCAUGUGCACAUGUGUUUGAUGAGUUUGCGGGUAUGAUGUCGUAUGAAUGGGCAAGAGUAGUGUGUGAGUAGUGAGUGAGAGAAAAUUGGGUGUGUGCGAUGAUGUAGUUUGUAUGUGGGCAGUGUGUGCGUGUGUGUGUGAGUGUGUACGCGUGUGCAGGGUGCAGAAGGAAGAGGCAGCACUGCGUGUGCUUCGAAUGAUAGGAUAUGAUGCAAAUGGAAAUACAUCGUUAAUUCUAGAUACUAGUGAAAAUAAAUCAGUUAGGGUGCGGCGAGGUGUUUGCGGAAAAUGGUGAAUGAGAAAAUGAAUUGCAACAAAAACAUAGGUGUAAAAAAACGAAUCAUAAUACAUUGGCUUUGGUGGUGAUACCGUGUGCAGCUCGGUCUCAAUGAAAACAAGGAACAGAAAAGAGACACAGAAGACCGAAAUUUGCACGCAGUGAAAAGGUAUCAGGAAGAACAAGUGCAAGCUUCAGAAAUUGGGUGAAGAGAACCCAUCAACCAUGCGAAAGAUGAAUCGCUAGCGUCAAAAUUAAUGGCUAGAGAUUGUUGUGCUAAGCAUUUCUUACAAGAGGUGAAAUAAUUUACAAUUAUAACCUCCUUGCUUUUCAGUUCAUGAAGCACUAUCGUUAAAGAUGAUAACAGCAAAAAACAAACACGGAGGCGUACACGCAGACACACCAAUCGAUACAAAAUCGUUCCCUUAGCGUAUUUAUACAUCAAACAUCGCAAAUGAACAAAAUCAACGCAUCAACAAGAAGGUACAUUUAGAGAGUUUAAUCAACAAAAAACAUAUAUCGCAGCUCAAUAAUGGUUAACAGUAACAAGAAACCCGUGUAGGCCCUUUUUGUACUCAGUUCAAUAUAGCACAGACCACAAAAACUGCAGAGAAAGAUACACUACUCACUAUUGGUUGCAAUUUGAGUGCAUGCUUUUGGGGGUUUUGUUUAUCCAUAGAUAUCCAAAAGAGCAUGGGUUUUGUUGUGUGUAUGAACCCCAGUUUCAAACAACAGCAAAGAAGAUGGUGUUGCAUUUGUUCCUGCUAUCUCCACUUAUUCGGCUAUUCCAACUGCACUUCAUUCAGCCAACAAACCGAAAGAGUAAGGGCAGAGACAUUUUUCUAUUUUCCGAUUAUUGUUACUACUAUAAGGCGAUGUGUUGCUGUAGCUUCCGCAUCAUAUAUGAGAGUGUAAUUGAAACUUAACGUAUAUUUUUUUACUGUUUAUUUUAUUGUUUGCAUUUAAGCUGUGGCAUGGCUGAAGCUUGAGGAAAAAGGAAAAGCAAGGAAGCAUAGCAGGUGGGGUGUCAGAGAUGAACGACAAACAGCAAAUCGAAAAUAUACACUCACUGCACUUAAUAACGACGCAUUAAAGGAGAUAGAGCUAACGUGGAGAGGUUAAAGCAAAUGAAUAAAAUUAAAAUAUUAAGCUAAGAGAACGUGUAAGCAGAAGAAGAAAACAACAAGCAGCGGUGAGGAGGAAAGGCAAGAUAAUAGCGUGUAAAGGAAAGGAAGGGAUGUGGAAGACAAAUAGCAAGCAAUCGGACUAACUUGGAAAAGGGACUGUCCAGAGACGCGCCAGACUGUCGUGUGCGUGCGUGUGUGUGGUGUAUGAUGGUUGAAAUAGUUGUUUGUCGCACGAUCGUCGUUGUCUGUCGAUCGUGUAUCAUGUGAAUUCCGUUUUGGAUUUUCGCCGUUGUUUUGCGUUUCAAUGAUUGCGCUCUGCAUGUGUGUAUGUGUGUCAGCGAGGUUGGCGCAAAUAGUAGAACGGGUUGGUUAAAUGCAGCUUACACGCAGAAGGACCAUUGUCGAGGGAGAGUUGCAAACGCAAAUUGAUUCUUUCGGCAAAAUACGUACGUGUUAUGUGUUUGUGUAGGCGGUUUUAAAAACAAUUCCUUGCAGAACCUUUUUUUUUUAUUACUUUUAUAUUAAGCUAGAUUUUUAUCCCCAAUGUAAAGUGGUUGCUGUCUUUGUUUGGAUUUGUUUUAUUUUAUUCUCAGUUUGCCGCCCCCAUCCCCCAUUUUUUGUUUUGGAGAAAUUGGCAAACAUAAUUCGCUAACAAUAGAAUGAGUAAGGGGCAGAAAUGAACACUCCCAUGCCUUGUGAAAAGACAUAACGCCCGUUUAACUCACAGACAGACAGAAAGAUAGACGGACAACCAGAGAGGGCGGCGCAUACACGAUGGUAUUGUGUAAAAACAAAAAAAAAAAUGCGGUACAGAAUUGCUUGUUGCGUAUGAUGGCAUGUGAUACUCGUGUUUACUUCGUCCUCGUACGAACGGAAAAGACUAGACAAAAAUAUAUGUAGGGAAGCUGGGGAGGGAACGAGAGGGGAUACUAACGAUGGGGCGCAAGAAUAGCGCAUCGGCAGAGAACGCAACAAACACACAAAGGUCGGCAAAGUAGCGCAAGUAUGCAAAGGUAUAGCGCACAGCAGAGCAAUGAGCGCGCCGGAAGGAAGAAACAGGAGGAGAGGAGGCACACGGUUUUUUAAAUCCAUGAAACGAAGCAGCAUAAGCGAAACAACAAAAAUCAAAUGAAAUAAAACAAUGAAUAAACCACACAAAA